GGCAUACUCUCCGAGACCCCCUCUCCCUCUUCUUCGCCCGCCCCCGCCCGCGAGGUCGCCGACGGCAACUCCACGGCUCCACCACGCAAGCCACUACAAAAGCUCUUACGCGCUUCUACCUGGCGCUUACGUCUUCACCUCCUGCUCCCUCCCUUUACCAAUGUUUGAUAGCCGGUGUUUGAUUGGCGUGAAGUAGAGAUCCAUCUCGACUCGGGGUUGAUUCCUUUUGUAGAUUCCUGGUGGCGAAUUUCACUUUGAAGAUGGUUCAGCUCUUUUUGCAUGUGCCGGCAGAAGGUGGUAGUGUUAAUACAGCUGCUGUGGAGGCGAGGAGAUCUCUUCUUAGCAAUGUUGAAUCCAUAAUCAAGUCAAUUAUAAAGUCAGCAGGCAGGUAUGAAGCUCGGCUGUGGCUGUGCAGCACUGUCUCGUUGGUCCAUUCCCUCAGUCGCCAUGACCAGCGGAACCUGUUUCUCGAUCUCUUAGAGAUGAAGAAUUCCAGGCGAGAUGUUGCUGCCCGCCUGCUGCGGAUGAUUUUUGAUAAGAAGCCCAAGAAGGCUGGGUCUAUUCUAGCAAAAAAUGGCCAUAUACUGGAGGAGUUCUUCCGAGGAAACCCGAAGCGGAUAAUGCAGUGGUUCGGUCAUUUUGCUGUUACUGGUGAAUCCACACAUAAAAAGGGUGCUAAGGCAAUUUCUCAGUUUGCAUUUAUAAAUCGUGAUAUGUGCUGGGAAGAACUUGAGUGGAAAGGAAAGCAUGGGCAGUCUCCUGCUGUUGUUGCUACUAAGCCUCAUUAUUUCAGUGAUCUUGAUGUUCUGAAGACAGUGGAGAAUUUCUUGGAGUAUGUCCCAGACUUCUGGUCCUCUGAUGAGCUUUCUGAUUCUAUUAAAGAUGGUGAAAUACUGCAAAUUGAUGCAGAAUAUUUUGUAGAUCAAUUUUUGUACUUGAUGUACGAGGAGAAUUGCAAAGAUGCAUGGCAUUUAGUUGAAGAAUUUUUGAUGGAUGAGCAGUUUUCCUCUCUCUCCCAACAUCUUCUCAUUCAUCUGGACGAGCAAAGGCUUCUUGAUUUCUUAAAAUCUUUAGGGAAGCUCAUCAAUACUACUUUGCAGUGCAAGGAAUUGAAAUUCCCAUGCUGUUGGCUUGAGGUUCUUUUAUCAGCACAUUGUGAUCACAUAUCUCUUGAUGAUCUUGUCUUAUUGAACUGUGUCAUUGCCAAGUGUAGACAACUUUGGCGCCUCAUGAACGAUGAAGAACAAGAUGAAGAACGGGGACAAAUGGAAGAGCUUUUGAAGGGUGUAAAUCAUUUAACUGAUGCUGAUCAUUUUGCUCUCAUGAAGGAAUUCAUGGAGACAGAAUUUCCUGAUGGACUUAAGUGGAUAGGCAUUCAGUCCUGGGUAAUUUUCUGUGAUUUAUCAAAAGAAUGCAAAUCAGGAAAUUCUUGUGAAUCUUUGUUCUCUGAUAACAAAAUACAAUUUCACAAGGAUGAUGAGUACUCAUUGGUUCAGAACAAUGCGUUCUCAAUUUCACAUAUGCCUGAUACUGAUGAUGAGGAUCUUGUUGGGAGCAGUCAUAAAAGGAGAAAGAAGAAUAGGAGGAGGAAGCGGCGUAGAUACGAGUUUGAUGAGGACAAGCUUGAUGAACUGCUUGAACUUGAAUCUUCCAAUGUAAAGAACAGUGUUGAAUCACAGCGUGGAAGCUGGCACCUCUCAACUGAUGGCUUCUCUGCUUCUUGGGACAUUGCAGACAUACCGGAUCACCUUUCUACGUAUUAUUUCACGACAUGGGUAAAGUGGGCUUGCUUUAGAUGAUUCUCAUCACAUCAUGGGUAGUAUGGCAAUCCUGCUACCUUUUCAGGCGGCAACAUAUUGGAGCAUGGAGUUGUAUAGCAGGCAUUUCCGCAUCAAAUCUGCAAUAUUUUGGUGAUGGAUGUAUUCUGAUGAUUCUUGCAUUCUAGAGUUGCAGAGUGCUGCAUGAGAUCCAGUACCAACUCUCUUUAGUUCGGCUUACUUAAGUUGCCACCAAUAGAAGAUUUUUGGCUGCAUAACAUUGAAGGAUCCAGGCAUUUCCUUGAAACCCAUUUGGACUUUGGUGGUGGUUGCUGAGAUUACAGAUAUUGACUACUGAAAACAAAAAUAGUCUGUAAUUGUACUGUACAAUGCUAGUGACUUUCGUUGUCGUUGUGAUUACAAGUUGUGAUUACAAGUUGUCGUUGUGGUGGUGUAAUGUAAGCUAAAACAUGCCUAAACCCGUGUGCGUGCGCCCGGAUAGGCCCGCGAUGUACAAUUCGUUUUUCUUCUUAA